AAGGUUAACUCCUUCUCUGCAGUUGCUAGCUACCGUGUGAACGGUAAAGUUCGGACGCCUGCAAACCAAUAGUGCAGCUCCUAUACGGUGCUUGUGUUUAAUUGAUUUGAUCCGUUCCCCUUCCGGGAAAUAUUCGUGUCCGUACUUAGUAGGUGUAGGAGGAAAGCUAACAUCUCGACACGGACAUGGCAUCCAAAGUUGCACUAGUGCACCUUUUCUCGGUAGUGUUGUCCGUUUCGUGUCUAGUGGCGUCGGCACAAGCUGCUUCUACAAGUGCCAACAGUUUGACCCCUUCUGGUGCUCCACAAUUGAAAGCACGAGAUACUUGCGCUAAAAAUCAAGUGUGUGUUGCCGACGUGAAAUGCAAGGCUGAUCUUCUCGAAUUGACGCCAUGUUCGACUGCAGACAAUACGAUCGGCAUUUGCUGUUCAACAAACGAUCCAAGCGACAAACUGUGGGCCAGCGCUGUGGAAGAUGGCCGCCGUGAAUUCGAGGAAAAACUCGGCCAUGUUGAAAAACACCGACACGAAAUGACCGCCAAAGAGAAGCCGGCGUCGGUCUUUCAUAAACUGUUUAAACCGGAGGGCCUUGAAAAAGAUGCAACCAAAACCGAUCCAAAGGAGCGAGCCGAUGUGUAUGGAAGUGUUUUUGCAAGCCGAAAAUACGCCGAAAUGGCCAAUUUGACGAAAGAGGAACGUCAAGGGGGCCGUUUUGCACGACAUCUCGUAGCGAGGUGGCCACGACAGAUUGAGCUCGGUCUAGCGCUGUGUGAUCCCAAUUCUCGGUACCGAACCUACGAUGGAACGUGCAAUAAUCCGAUGCCGGAGCGCGCCAGUUGGGGAUGUGCCGAGUAUCCAUUUGAAAAACUUUUAGCGCCUGCCUACGAAGAUGGAGUGUGGGCUCCGAGAUCCCACUCAAUAACCGGUAACCUGUUGCCCAGCGCUCGCGUCGUUUCCGCCAUCUUGUUCCCGGAUGUUGACCGACAGGAUCCGCACUUGAACUACCUCUUCAUGCAAAUGGGUCAGGUCAUAACGCACGACAUCGCUCAAAGCCAGGGCGUAACGCUUGACAACGCUAAGGAAAUCGACUGCUGCACCAAGGACCGAUCGCGAGCCCUCUCCGGAGAAAAGCUACACUUUGGCUGUUUGCCAAUCGAGAUCAGUCCUAACGAUCCGUUCUAUUCCCAGUUCGGAGUCAGUUGCAUGAAUUUUGUACGCAUCAAACUUUCAUGUGGCACCGCAUGUCUCGGUUAUGGCACUCAAGCGAACUCUGUAACGCACUUCAUCGAUGCAUCGUUGGUAUACGGAAACAGUGAAGCUGUGGCAGCUUCCCUGCGGACAUUCCAGCAAGGUAAACUACGAUCUUCCCACUCAGCUGGAAUUGAGCUGCUUCCGUUGAGUCGUAAGGCAACAGACUGCGUACCAUGGGCUCGGGUAUGCUUCGAAACGGGAGACUUCCGGGUGAAUCAGCUGCUAGCGGUAACUCAGUUUCAAACGAUGUUCCUCAGAGAACACAACCGCCUUGCAGUUGGACUAAGUCACAUCAAUCUCCACUGGGAUGACGAAAGGCUUUUCCAGGAAGCCAGAAGAGUUCUAAUCGCCGUACUUCAGAACAUUGUGUUCAACGAAUAUCUUCCCAUUCUGCUUGGCAGCGAGAAAGCUAUGCAGUUUGGUUUGACUGAUCCCUUGGAAGGUUAUGGCUAUUCGUACAGCCCGGAUGUACCACCGAUGGCCCUGGCGGAGAGUGCUGUUGCAGCGUUCCGGUUUGGGCAUUCCACCGUCGAUGGAUUCUUCAGACUACUGAGACAUGGCACAGCAGCGGAAGCCGUCCCCAUAAAAGAUCUCUACUUCGAUCCCUCAAAAAUUCAAGAACCGCAUAGUUUCGAUAGUAUGAUGUACUCUUUUGGCCAACAAUCGCAGCAGCUGGCAGACAACUCCAUGUCAGCUGGUCUUACCCACCACCUGUUCCAGAGAGAAAAUCCGUUUGGUUUGGACUUGGCCGCACUCAACAUUCAACGGGGCCGUGACUUCGGAUUACGUCCAUAUAACGACUAUCGCGAAUUGGCUGGACUGCCUCGGAUCACUGACUUCUACGAACUGGGUGAGAUGGGCGCAUUGCUGGCACAGGUUUACGAAUCCCCCGAGGACAUAGACCUAUGGGUAGGCGGGCUCCAUGAAAUACCCUCCUAUGGAGCGGUAGUUGGACCGACCUUUGCCCAUCUGUUAGCGGAAAUGUUCUACCGGCUUAAGCUUGGAGAUCGGUACUACUUCGCCAACGGACCGGAAGUAAAUCCGGGAGCUUUUACCCUGCGACAACUGCGUGAAAUACGGGCAACCACUCUGGCGGGACUGAUCUGUGCAAAUGUGGAUAACCGGUACGAUUUCUACCAAACCUCGAACGCAUUCUUCAAGGCCAGUUGGGAAAAUGAGCCGAUGCCAUGUGUCAACUAUCGGCCCAUGGAUCUGGAAGCCUGGCGGGAAUGAUCGGCUCAGUAAAGUUGAUUUUUGUUUCAACGUGGUAUACUCUUUUAAUGUGAUAUUUGACCGUUUCGAUGUAUUGAAAAAUUUGACGAACGUACGUGAUACUAAUGUAAAUUUAAAACAACUCUUAGAAUAAAAGAAAUAAAUGAUACAUCCAAUUAUA